AGCAGUUGUAUAUAUAAGACAAAUCUUUUAGACUUACAAUUAAUACAUACGAUUUCUUAUGAAUUCUUUGAUCACCUUGAAAAAUCGAUCUAUUUUUAAGAAAAAUAAUAGGUUUAUUCUUUAUUACUGGACUGGUGAACAUGCCGCACCCAUUUUUGAAUGAGCACGAAAAUGCAACAAUAUAUGGGAAAUGCAAUAAUCCCUGGGGGCACGGUCAUAAUUACACAGUAGAAGUAACUGUGCGCGGACCGAUAGAUCCAAAAACAGGCAUGAUUCUCAAUUUGACAGAUUUGAAGGAUGUAAUGCAGAAAGUGGUGAUAAAAAAAAUGGAUCACAAAAAUAUUGAUAAACAAGUAGAUUAUUUCAAAGCAAAAACAUCGACAACUGAAAAUAUAGCUGUCUAUAUUUUCGAGGAGCUAAAAAAAUAUAUGUCUAAUCCUAAAUUAUUGUACGAAGUCAAGGUCCAUGAAACGGAUAAAAAUGUUAUGUAUUUUAGAGGAGAAUAUGAAUGAAAAAAAAUAUAUCUUCCAAUUUUUAAUUA